AUGAAGUCCCUUCCACUGAUUGUUGUCAUUGCAAUCGCUCAUCUCUUCCUUGUCACAGCCAGACUCCCUGAUGUGACCGGACCAGGUUCGUUCAACCCUCUUCCCAUCAAGUCAAAGCAAACUAACAAUGGUCUCUUUCUACCAGCACUGUCUCAUCUCACCACUCCUACUUGGCCGGUCAUCACAAAUUCCCAUCUCCUUGCUCGUCAUGCCAACAUUCACGUUGGAAUUCCUGUCCUCCCGGAAUCUGAAGAGCCUGCCCAGUCCACUAUGACCACCACCGUCCUGAAUCUUACUACUACCACGACCGUCUAUGUCAAUUCUACCACUUCAUCGUCUAGCGCUGUCAUCCCCAGUGAGACUGACCCUCUAGGAGUUGUCUUUGGAACUGUCACCAAUACACAAGAACCCAGUAUACCUGCUGCGAUGACAACUCUGGAGGCCAACAACACAGAUACCCCUGAGGUGGUGACCGUCAUUGGUACCGAUACAGAUACAGACACAGACGCAGAUAUCAUGACAAUGGGACCUGAAACAGAAACUGAGGCUGCAACUACAACUUUUGCUGAUCCCCCUGCUGAAACCACUGCAGGACCUGUCUUAACCACUACAUACCCAGAGGACCCAAUCACCACUGCGGCCAAAUCUUCCUCCAGCCAGAUUGAUGACGCAUUCGGCUACAAUAGCAGUUUGUCGUCAUCAUCUGAGUUGUUUGAAGUUACCACCGCUGUAGGAACAUCUACCAACAACAACUCCAUGGAGGUCGCACAGUCAACAACGCCCACUUCGUGUGUCUCAUCAGGUCUUGUCACAAUGGUCACGCCGCUCACUGUCAAUGACAAUGACACCUCUACUCCUGCAUUCACCACCUCCAGUACCGAUAGUAGUUCACAUGUCUCGUCUCAUCAUACUACCUCUCACCACACUACUAGCACCACAACCAAUACUCUGAUCGCUACAGCGACAGCCGACAGCAAUGCUGGCUCAAGAUCUCUAAGCCAGCCGCCUCGUCUCUUCCGCGUUCUCAGCCGCGUGUUCAUGCUCUUGCAAGUGAAUCUGAAUCUCAGCCCAACCGCCCGGCAGCUGGUGCAAGCGACACAUGUCGAUGGUGAUGGCAGCAGCAGUAUUGAACCAGUGGAGACUGGCGAGGGUGCCCCCGCCCUCGACUCCGCGGCCACUACCACCAUCUCCAUGACAUCAAGCACGACCAGCACCACGACCACCACUCUGACAUACACGUCGACCACUAGUCUCAAUACCACCAGCACGAUCGACAUGCCCACCUUGCCCUGCACAGCCAAUGUCUAUGCGGACCCUGCCGUUCCUGUCACCUGUACAGCCUCUUCUUCAACCUACAACGGCACACUCACAUUCGCCUAUGGUCAUGACAACGGCACUGGUGCUAUCUACAGCACCGGUGGUAUAGUCAGCCACAAUGCAUCGUCGAUCCUGAGCACAGGUGUAGCGACAUCGUUAUCUCCCGCCUCCUUUACAUCGUCAUCCCCAUCAUCUUCAACCUCCCACCGCUCUCACGCGACUCCAUCAGUCGUUUCUGGUGCAUCGGGACUGGGAUCAUGGAGCAGCAGGUCAACCGUCUUUGAUCAUCGCAUGACUCCUUUCAUGGUCCACAUGGCCAUUGUGCUUGUGCGCUUGUGGAACCGACAUCACUGA